UCCCUACAGUUUGCACGAAGAAGCGGGCACCGUUGAAAUCCGGCCCUUGUCGAAGUACUUUCUGCUUCUCGUUCGCCUGGAAUGAAAGGAAUUAAGGCGGCUUUGGAAAGAAGGGUUAUUAUCAGUCAAGGCUGAUAAAAACAACAACAACAACAAAGUAACAACAACUUUAUUUUUUUUCUCUUAGUGGGAUGGUGAUCUUUUCUUUCUAACUUCUCUUCAAUAUAAUACUGAUAAGAAAGUUGGAGAAAUCCCAACUUUUCAUUCUGUUUGACAACAAGUGAGUUACUAGGUAAUUUUUCAAGCAUUUUCAUAUUGGGAAAAGUCCGUCUUUUCAACUUAAAACAAGCGUGGAGGAAAAAAAGACGACAUCCAUUGCCAACCUCUUCAAACAUUCAUUUGUUUUGUGGAAACAAAUUAAGGCGAACCAAGCCUAGCUUCCAGACUUCCUCAAUUUAUUUCCUCCACUCAAUUUACCAAUUACCCACUUCCGACCGGGGAGAGAAAGAGAGAGGAGAUAAUAACAGGAUGGAAGAGAACCAGGAACGAUAUCUUUGCAGCACUUAAAGAUUUUCAGCAAGACGUUUUGGGCAAUAUGGAUGCAGCAACCACAAGAACAACGUCUGAAGCGCUCUUCUCCUUUGGAAUCGUAGCAGACGUUCAAUAUGCUGAUAUUGAGGAUGGCUAUGAUUUCCUGGGAUUUAAUAGGAGAUACUAUAAACAUAGCCUAUGCUGUCUCCAGAAGGCAAUUGAAGAUUGGAAUCGAACUGAGGUUCAGUUUGUCAUACAGCUCGGGGACAUUAUUGACGGCUUCAAUGCCCAACAUAAGACAUCAGAGAAAGCAUUGCAACAAGUUAUGAAUGAAUUUAAGAAACUCAGUGCACCAGCCCAUCACAUAUGGGGCAAUCAUGAAUUGUAUAAUUUCAGCCGGAAUUAUCUUAUGGAAUCUGAACUGAAUACCAAGUACUUAGAAGACCAAAGUUUGUUUAAUAACUUCAGCAUCAGAGAACAAAGCUCCACAGGAAACCCGGCUACAGAGUUCUAUUACGCCUACCAGUUUUCUCCAAUGCCAAAAUUUAGAUUCAUUCUUCUUGAUGCAUAUGACUUAAGUAUCCUGGGGAGGGAAACAUCAACGAAAAAAUAUAAAGAAUCUCUACAGCUGCUACAAGACAAAAAUCACAAUGAAAAUCUGAAUAGUCCACUAGGGCUUGCUGAAUGCAAUUUUGUACAGUUCAAUGGUGGAUUCAGUCAAGAUCAGCUGGACUGGGUUGAUAAAGUCCUUACCUAUGCUGAUGAGAAUCAAGAAAGAGUUGUGAUUGCAGGACACAUACCCAUCAACCCGUACUGUACAAGCAGUAUUUGCCUUGCUUGGAAUUAUAAAGCUGCCCUUGCUGUCAUUUAUUCACAUCACUCAGUAGUAUGUUUUCUUGCAGGCCAUCUUCAUUAUGGUGGUUACUGUUUAGAUUCUCAUGGAGUCCAUCACCUGACCCUUGAAGGGAUUAUAGAAACUCCUCCAGAAAGCAAUGCUUUUGGAACUAUAUAUGUCUAUAAUGACAGACUGGUAUUAAAGGGAAAUGGAAGAGUUCCAGAUAGGGAGAUGUAUUACAAAGAUCAUCCACACAAUUCUUUAUUUUAAAUACUAUUGUGUUGGUGUGUGUUAGAAAUUGUUAUUGUUCCAACUGUUUUUAAUUAAAACACAAUUUUAAUAUUCAAUAGUGAAUAAAGCUAUGAAAGACAUUGUGUAUUUUCUUUAAACAACAGGUCCUGGUAAAUUGAAUUUAUCUUAUAGUAUGUUGUAUAAUUAUUUGCCAAAAGUUUACUCUCAUAUGUUUCCUCUUUGGAGAAUUACACUUUCAACUUUAAGUCUGGCAUGGAAAUUGAAUGGAAGCUCUACUUGCUGAUACGAAGACUGGAAAAAUAAUACAUUGGAUUGACAUCUAUAAUCUUGGAAUAAAAUAGCAUUCUGUUUAAAACACCCCCUACCAUUAUGCUUUUCUCUUUUGAACCCUUUGAAAUGAUACCACCACUUUCACUUAAGAAUAAAUUCCUGACUGAGA